GUACCUCUUUACGGCGAGGACCGACAUGGGAGGCAGAUAAGAUAUUCGCAGCUCGUCGCUGAGGGGGCCGAUCCUAAAGGCAAUGGGACCUUCAACGGGUAUUUUUUCGAUUCCCAGCCCAUACUGCAAGAUAAGAUAGUAUUCGCCAACCUCAACAAGCUGGGCGGGCUAAUGGCAUGGGUAUUGCAGUCUGACCUCCCUCCAAACGACACACGUUCCCUAUUGUAUGGUAUCAAGCAGAAGCUCAAUCCAUGA